CACGUUCAGUGCGUGGAGCUUGACGUCAGCACGCAGCGGCAGGAGGGAGCGGCUCUGGGAGAGCGACAUAGACACAGAGUGUGGAACAGAAAGAGAGAGAGAGCAGCGGACGGUGGAUGACUCAGACAGACAGUCAGGAUGCGUGAAUACAAACUGGUGGUGUUGGGAUCAGGAGGCGUCGGGAAGUCAGCGCUGACGGUUCAGUUUGUUCAGGGGAUCUUUGUGGAGAAAUACGACCCAACGAUAGAGGAUUCCUACAGGAAGCAAGUGGAGGUGGACGGACAGCAGUGCAUGUUAGAGAUCCUGGAUACAGCUGGAACAGAGCAGUUCACAGCGAUGCGUGACCUCUACAUGAAGAACGGUCAGGGCUUUGCUCUGGUUUACUCCAUCACGGCUCAGUCAACUUUCAACGACCUGCAGGACCUGAGGGAGCAGAUCCUGAGAGUGAAGGACACGGAGGACGUGCCGAUGAUCCUGGUGGGGAAUAAGUGUGACCUGGAGGUGGAGCGAGUCGUGGCCAAAGACUCGGGCGUGGGCCUCGCCCGGCAGUGGAACUCCUGUGCCUUCCUGGAGACCUCAGCCAAGAGCAAGAUCAACGUCAACGAGAUCUUCUACGACCUGGUGCGACAGAUCAACAGGAAGAGUCCAGUUCAAGGGAAAACUCGCAAAAAGUCCACCUGUCAACUUCUCUAAUGACAGGUAAUGUUGUUCAGCUCUAAUGUAAACCAAAGUUUUCUGCUCACCUGACCGACAACCAACCAACCAACCAAUCACAGGGCAUCUUCCAGCUGGCCACGCCCCUUUCACACAACCAUGACAUCUUCACCCUGCGCCAUCUCUGACCUCUGUUCCCACGACGACCCCCCCCCCCCCCCCCCCCCUCCCCCCUCAGAACCACACAGUCCGACUGACUGUUGCCUUGGAAACAUUGAAACCAAACAUCAAAGGAUUGCGGCGGCGGCCAUGUUGAAGAUGACUCGACAGACUCCAAAAACCAACUGCCCGGAUUUAAACUACGGUUCCCAUGAUGCUCUCUGCUGGGGGAGUGGCCUCUUGCUUUCUACUUUUUAAAUGUUUCUUUUUCUCCUUUUUACUUCCAGCAGUCGAACCUGUGGAUCCAUUCAGUGAUUACUGUUAUUACUAAGGUGGUUAUUAUUCUGUGUGAAAAAGAUAUACAAGUCAUUUAAUGUUUUUUAUUUUUGGGGCAGUGGGUGGGAAGGGCGGGGGGGGCGUGCAGCAGGUCAUGUGGUUAGCUCACCGCGCUAGUAGUAUCAAGCUAACGUGAGUUUUAGCCGACAGUUACAGGAGAGAGUUGCCAAAAUUAAGAUAAAAUGCUAACUUCAGUUGUACGAAAUUGUUUGUUUUUUUGCUGAUAUUUCCAAUUAAUUCUAGCACAUUAACGAUGCCAAUAACGAGUUAAAUCAAGAGCUUUGCUAAUGGCUAGAUAUCAGUUCCAGAAGCAACUUAAAUGCAUUGUUUUCGGAGGGAAUGCUAGUUGUUCUAACACACAGUUCGUGAAGUAUUAGCUUUAUUUAGCAUUGUCUUCUUACUGUGAACUUACUGGUUACUUUGUUAGCAUUGCAGCUAUUCAAAUAUAUUUCAAAUAUUGUGAGAAAAAACGAUGUAUAUGUGGUGUUAGCAUUAUUGAAUUAAUGGUAGCUUGGCUAGUUAGCAUGUCAGUGAGGAAAAGUAUUGAGUUUCAAAACAUCAACAAUGAAACUUGAACAUUUUGAGGCAAAAUGUAAGAACAGCAAAUGCUAAUGUGAUUGUUGUAGGGGAUGCUAACAACGCCACUAAAAUAAUAGUGUCAGAGUCCUAGCUUGUUAGCGUAGCAGCGUGGUGAGCUGACUCUGGAUCUGCUGCUCAGGGCGGACAUGUUGCCUUCAGACAGCAGACUCACACUGGUCCUGUGUGUUUGUGAAUUUGUUUGAGUGUGUGUGUGUUUGUGAAUUUGUUUGAGUGUGUGUUUCUGUGUGUAUGUGUGCUAAAUAACUAUGAACCACGCCAUUUUCUGUGAUUAACUUUUUUGACCCAGGGGAAUGGGGAGGGUGUUAUAGAGUAUUAUUAACCAUCAUUAUUACCUGAUUAUUAAUGUUAUUAACACGUCUGAGAGGGAACCACUGAGUUAUUCUGCAUAACGUCCUUUAACUGAUGGGGAUAUAUUUAAAUAUCCAUCUAUGGAGGAUCAAACAUGACCCAAAAGGUUGUUCCUUCAUAUUCCUGCACGCCCGCAAUGUCAAGUUGAGUAUUUCAUGCUAGCACUUAAGCAAACCCUGCGUUGUAGCCCAAAGCUAACAUGCUAUAGCGUUAGCAUUGAGUGCUGCCGCCAAAUGGAUUGUCGCGUUUUCUUUCAAAUUUCAUUUUUGCGAAGAAAAUGUGCUUAGUUUUCAUCGUCUGUGUAGCAGUGAAAAAACUGCUACACAAAUAGUAGUUUUGUCAGACGUUUGCGUGAUGAUAUAUAUUUCAAUUACUCUUUUAUGUCAGCUACUAUCGGACAUAUUUUUCCACGUUAUGGUAAAAUCCAAGAAGACUGCAAUUUGUUUGUUGUUGGUAGUUGGCUAAAUCCGAACUUUCGCAUCUACGCCUUUUGCAUAACCAAUUUAGGGCAUUAACUAUUUAAAAAAGGCAAAAAAACGCCUCAAGUUGCGUAAAAACGUUUCAGCGUAACUGAGCAAGUUUUAUAAAAUGAUGCCGUUUUGAUACAGCAAUAUUAAAGUUAAGUAAUGGAAAUGUGGCCAAUAUUCCCAUCAGUUAAACACCUUAUAAUCUCAGUGUUACUCUUUAACGUUAUCACGGCAUUUGACUGACCGUAGGAGGUUGGGCUUAACGCUGAAGCCCCGCCCCCACAUGUAUUCAGGGGGCGUGGCCUGUGAAGCAGCCGGGACACAGGAAGCCUUUUGAACCCUUUGUUUUUUGAAAUGUGAGAAUGGUCAUCUUGACAGUGUGUUGGACCUCUGUGAGUACUACUCAGUAUUCUGGUUCUCCUGCAGUACUUCAUGUAGCAUGUUAAUGUGUUUCCUCCAGGAGGGGCUGAAUCUCAGUUUGCAUGCCGAGCAGAGGCUUCGAGAGAGACGUCUUUAUGCAGGCGAUCACCACGUAUACGAGAAUUAAAACGUGGCGAUGCUAGCAAGCAGAAAAGUCAACGUUUCCAUAGCCGCAGCUUCAGGCAGACGUUUCUCACUUCCAGAGUCUGCGGUAGCGCUCGACAUUUUGUGCGACUUCUGGGGCUGUAGUUGCUGUAGUUUGUCAGUGGUCAGAUCUAAAGGUCUCAGUUAUGCUUCAAAAAAAUAAUGUUUUACUAACUAAAUGUAGGAAAACUGUUCUUCUGCAUGGGACAAUUCAUGGUAGUCUGCAAAAUGUGAUGGUUGUUUGAUUGUCUAUCUUACUUUUAAAAGCAGAGAAGGACAAACAGUGUAUUUGAGUACAACUUUCCCCACUCCCACCCAGUUAUAAAACGUGUUCUAGUCUUUGAUGGAGCUUCUUCUGAACACCUCGUAAGAGCAGUUAAAGUUCGGCUGUCUUCAACUUCCACUAUUACUGCAUAAAGUUGGUUGGAUGGCAUUUGGAAAAUCAUGACAAAUCGUCCAAAGCAGAAAAGAAACCCACUUACUUUGAAGCAUACAGAGGCCUAACGUCUGCGAUUAAUUGAGCCAUAUUUGUACCCACUUUUUAAAGCGCUAGGCUAGCACUUUCCCUCUGUUUCCACUCUUUGUGCUAAGCUAGGCUGAACACACCCUGGACCUAACUCUGAGAUUAAACUGAACAGAAGUCGCCCUGAAUGACGAGCGCGAGCGCAGCCGAAAGCAAACUGAAAUCUAAAGAAGAAAUGAUUUUACGUUUACUGAAAUAAACCUGCUUCUUUCUUCUCUGUAUGGCAUGAUGACCAGUGAAAUGUAAAAGGAUCCAGUUCAGCGUCGAGCAACCGGUUAAAAAAAAAAAGAUCCCCGUUUUUAUUCGGCUGAAUCCUGGUCCCUUUUCUCAGCUGUUGUUGGAUUUUAAAAACUGUUAUGGAAAUUGAAAUUCUGAACUGGUUUUGUCCCAGUGCAAAAACCCACAGCAGCAGUGAGGGAGAUAAAGCAGGAGGGGGGGGGGGGGGGG